UGGAAUCCCCAAGGAACAUGUCUCCUCUACAACACUUUGCCUUUGCUCCUGUCAAGAGUAGAGAUGGGCGCAGGUGGUCUGUCGCUUCACUUCCCUCUUCAGGAUAUGGCACAACUCCUGGAUCGUCAAAUGUUUCUUCCCAGUGUUCCAGCCAAGAGCGUCUCCACCAGAUUGGGGGAGGAGGAGCAGGUGGUGCAGGCAGUGGUGCCAUGGGACCUGGGAACCUCUCCAAUACAAGCUCUCCAGCCGUGGAGGAAGUCCGACACUCCCAUAUCCGCCACUUCUCCUCAGGGGAAAGCAACCCCUCAAUUGACGAUGAUGGAAGGCGCUCCCCAAUGAACAGACCUCGUUCCCGAUCCCUUAGUCUGGCCUGGCUGUGCAUCUCCACACUUGAUAGUCCGAUUCGAUCGCCAGUGAUUGACAACGAGAUUAUCAUGAUGAAUACACUGUACAAAGAACGCUUUCCUAAGGCCACACAACAGAUGGAGGAGAGACUGAAUACGUUCAUUGAGGAUAACAAAAACCUGGAGGAGCAAGGAAGCUCAGACAUUGCCCAAGAUGCUGUUGCAAUUGCACGCUUUGUCCACCACCAGGUCCUGGAAAUGGCUAAGGACUGUCUAGAGAAGUCACAGCAGAAGCUUAUCACAAGCCGAUAUUUUUAUGAGCUCUCAGAGAACCUAGAGAAGCUCUUGUGUGAGACAAGAGACAAGUCUCCAGAUGCUGCAGCUCACCUGACCUCCUUGAUCAAGAAGCUACUCCUGAUUGUGUCAAGGCCAGCCAGACUCUUGGAAUGUCUCGAGUUUGACCCUGAGGAGUUCUACCACUUGCUUGAGCAGGCUGAGGGUCAGGCCAGGACCAGCCAGGGCAUCAAGACAGACAUUCCUCAGUAUAUUAUCACGAAGCUUGGCCUUAACCGAGAUCCCUUAGCUGAACUGAGCGAUGAUUUAGCCGGGGAUGGAGAUGCCGAGGACAGUGCUGGUAGUGGCACAAGCACCUCGGGAGUGAGUGGGGGAGCCCAGCCUAAGGUCCCCAGCUCAGAGUACUCCCCCGAACAGUCUUCCACGCACUCGACUACUCCGCCUUCCAAAAGCACCCCGAAAGAAGAGGAUUAUGAGAAUAUAAAGCUCAUCUCAAAUGGAGCAUAUGGAGCAGUGUAUUUAGUGCGCCACAAGUUGAGCAAGGAGCGGUUUGCUAUGAAGAAAAUUAGCAAGCACAAUCUCAUGCUGAGGAAUCAGGUGGAACAGGUAUUCAAUGAACGUGAUAUUAUGAGCUUCACUGACAACCCCUUUGUAGUGUCAAUGAUCUGUAGUUUUGAAACCAAGCGGCACCUUUGUCUAGUGAUGGAGUAUGUUGAAGGUGGAGACUGUGCCACUCUGCUGAAAGCUAUGGGGCCCUUCCCGCCAGACAUGGCACGCUUCUACUUUGCUGAGACAGUUCUGGCUGUUGAAUAUUUGCAUAGCUACGGCAUUGUACAUAGGGAUCUUAAACCUGAUAACCUGUUGAUCACUGCCUUGGGACACAUCAAGCUGACUGACUUCGGUCUGAGCAAAAUGGGAUUGAUGUCACUGGCAACUAAUUUGUAUGAAGGAUAUAUUGACAAGGAGACUCGUCAGUUCUCUGAUAAACAGGUGUUUGGAACGCCUGAAUAUAUUGCACCAGAAGUAAUUUUGAGACAAGGAUAUGGCAAACCUGUUGACUGGUGGGCCAUGGGAGUGAUUCUGUAUGAGUUCCUCAUUGGAUGCGUACCCUUCUUUGGUGAAACACCAGAGGAGCUCUUUGCUCACACAGUCAAUGAUGAUAUAGAAUGGCCGAGUGAGGAUGACUGGCCUGUGGCAGAGGAUGCUAAGGAUCUUAUCACAGCCUUGCUUCACCAUUCACCACUGGAUCGGCUAGGAACAGUGGCAGGUGCCGUGGAAGUCAAGGAACAUCCUUUCUUCAUCACAAUUGACUGGGACUCUCUGCUGAGAAUGAAGGCUGAGUUUGUGCCUCAGCUUGACCAUGAAGAAGAUACUAGCUACUUUGACACUCGACUUGACCGGUACAACCAUGAGCUAGAAGAAGACAGCGAAGAAGGUGGAGAACCAGAGGGAGGAACUUUCCCCUCCUUCUCCUCUUACUCGCCCAGAUACCACAAAAUUACUUCCUCACACUCAACAGACACUGGGCAGCUGGAUACUAGUUUCCAGGGGGAGACCUCAGGUGAAGGAGGAGCCGAGGGUGAAGCGGGACAGAGCAGUGUUUCCCGAGGUGAUUCGGGCCAUAGCGAUCAGUCGGAGUCAUCACGCUCAACGUUGGAGUCAUCAACCAACACUCCUGACACAGAAAAUCAUGAGCUGCCUGCUACUCCUGAUGUGAUCAAGAGCAAACUAGAGGGUGGUCCUGUUUGCCAGAGCACGCCUGAGUCUUCACAAACAGAGAGUGAGGAUGUCUCUCCACAAGUCCAGAGAAGACGGAGGUUGCACUCCCACAGUCGGGAUUCCCUCCCACGCUUCUCCAUAUCUGGAGAGGAGGAGUGGCUCAGUUUGCUUUUCCCCAGUAUGGAGGGAGGGAGCUUGCGUGAGCUCUCCCCAGUGGAUGAGAAGCCUGGAGCAUCUGAGAGACUGCCGAUGCCAAGGGUCAACAUCCCUCCAUCAUCACCUGCCUUCAAACACAGGUCGCGACCUGUCAUCAAGAGUGCUUCUGCAACUGGAUUAUCCUUGAUGAUUCCUUCUGAAGAUUGUAUGCCUCAACCAGUUCAGUCACCUGGAGGAUCAAGCACUGCCUCUUCCCGUGAUGCCUCACCCUCGAGAGAGAUCUCCCCACUUGUCAACUCUCUCAAACCUCCAACAAUCAUCCGCCGAGGCCCCCAGGGCUUUGGUUUCACUAUCCGAGCCAUUAGGGUUUACUUUGGGGAUUCAGACUAUUACACUGUGCACCAUCUUGUUAUGGAUGUUGACCAGCGUAGUCCGGCGUUCGAAGCUGGCCUACGUCCAGGUGACCUCAUCACCCACAUCAACAGUGAGCCAAUCCAGGGGAUGUUCCACACUCAGGUGGUGACACUUCUGAUGAGUUCCUCAGAUCAUGUCUCAUUAAGGUCCAUGCCCCUUGAUCAGACUUCAAUCAGAACUGGUGGAAGGAAGAGACACCCCGGAGCGUCGAAGCUGGCCAAACGCUUGCCAGCCAGACACAGGAGACCCAAAAAAGACUCCGAGAAGAGACGGAAGACCUCGCUCCUAAGGAAAGUCUCCAACAAACGCGUCUCUGCUGAAAUUCAACAGCUGACUACUCCACAGUCGGCUCCUGUUUUAUCUCCUGAUUUUGUGCCUCAGUUCUCAACCACCUUGCUUGCUGCUUCAGCAUCGCCACCAAUGUUAACACCAAGCCGCAGCUUCCAGUCAUUAAAUCGCUCAGUGUCAUCUCAGGAUAGCAUCCCCAACUCCCCAACGCACUGCAAGUCGCCGCACUCCCCACCAACAGCCAGGCUUUUCUCUGGGCCUGGGGAGCAGGUUCAGUCUCCAAUCAACUCCUCUGGGUCUUCAUCUCCAACUUCUUCAGUGCCCAACUCACCUGCAGGGUCAUCAACACUCCACCAGCGCCCAUCAUCCCUGCAUGUCAUCAACCACAAAGUAACCAAUGUGAAAAGCUUCCGAUCCCCCAAUAGGCGGAAAUCCGUUGGCCAUAUUCCUUUGUCUCCUUUGGCUCGCACACCAUCCCCUUCUCCUUUACCAGCUUCUCCUACAAGGUCCCCAUCACCUCUCAUUCAUCAGCACAAUCAUCAUCACCACCACCACCAUCACCAUCAUCACUGUCCAGGCUCUUCAAACACUACCCAGAGCUAUUCCCCUGGCUCAUCCCUCACACCUGGACCAGCCACCAAAAAGUGUUUAGGGAGACCUAAGAGUGCAGAGCCAGGCUCACCACUCUUGCGCAGAGCUCUUUCACCAGAUCGACUUCAUCCAAGGUCAGCCGAGUCCAAGGGCACACCGACCAUUAGCCCACUUGCUACCCCCUCCCCCAAGAUGGUAAGUAAUCCUCCAAGAGUAACAGUAACCUCUCAGUCCCCUCCAAAUUACGAUACUCCAAGUGUGGUGAGAUCUGCAGCACCCACACUGCUUACUCAGCGCUUCAGCAGUGCUGUAAGCAUGCCUCCUGCAUUGCCCACCAGCACACUGGAAGAGGCACCAGAAGAAUUGGAUUCCCCGGAAUGUCCAGAAAUGCCACAAACAAAUUUUUGUGAAGGCCCCCAGGGAGGCAGAGGAUCACUGCCAGGGACCAACAGUGCUGGUUGUGGGGGCAUAUCAGCUUCAGGGAGUGUCUCCAGCAAAGAGGGUUCUCAGGCAAGCAUAACCACACACAGUAAGCAUGGGCCAUGUUGUGCAAUUGAAAGGAAAGGUAGUAAGGGCCAAGCAGAUGCCAAGGAAAAGGCUCGUAGUGAUAGCCGUGGACGCAGAGAGUCCAGAGACUUGCGUGGUAGAGAGGAAGAGAGGCGAGAUCCUCGAGACUUGCGUGUCAGAGAAGAGGAAAGACGAGAUCCUCGGGACUUGCGCUUCAGAGAAGAAGAAAAACGAGACUGCAGAGACUUCCGCAUCAGGGAGGAAGAGAGCAAAAGAGACUCCAGAGACCAACGCAGUAGAGAAGAAGACAAAAGAGAUCCUCGACGCACAGCACAGGAAAAGAGGGAACUGUUUAAGGCUGGGAAGGAGAAAGAGGGCACCUCCUAGGGUUGGCCCUCCGCUGGCCUGCCCACAGCUCCUAGCGGCACUCAGUCGUGCCUCCAACACUUAUGCGUGUUCUGGGCAGGACCGCGGGAUGCCCUCUGUGAAAAGAAGCAAGGAGACACUUGAAGCCUGUGAUGAUACCUUUCUCUCUCUCACUUUCUCUCUGGACAAGUCUUAAUAAACUAAGGAAGUAGCCAAGCUACUAAAAUCAUUCCUGGUGAUUGUUGGUAUGUGUAAAGUUGUGUGGAGUUGUUGUGAUGCCACAAGGCAUGGUUGUGUUGCUACCAUUGUGAUAUUACAGAGACCAUGACAGUCUCAAGCUUGUGUGUCUAAUACAGUCAACUAUAAUUAGACACUCAUAUAUUUUGGUCCCUGUCAUUCUGUAAAUACUUUAUUGUCCUGUCUUCUUUAUCUCAGAUUUUUACGUUUUUACUUACAACUGAAGUUAAAUGUGUUAUAACUGCAGAUUAUGAAUAUUAAUGUACUCAUUCAUUUGUCAUAUUCAUGGAUUUUUUUUCCAAUAUUGUGUAUAUUUUGUCCCUCAUUGUCAUGUUGCUGUUCAACCUCACAGUUGCCAUGUUGGAGGUGUCAGGUGGAAAUAAGAUGAUUGGGAUAAUAUUGUUUCCAAUCUGCUCCCCUCAGGUUAUAGGAAUUACCAAGUAAAAGGUUAAUGGCUGUGGUUUUGAAGAAGCUCUUGGUGACAUUGUCUUCUGCUUGUGUUUCCUCGCUGUUGAAGGAUGUUGUUGUUAUCAUGUGUACUUAAAAUGGAAUAGUUUUUUCCCCACUACAUACUUGGGUGCCUCACCAUAUGCAUAUAUGUACAUGCAUCAAAAUGAAAUCUUCAUUAGAUUUUCAUACUUUGGUUUACAUUGUAAGGCACCAUUGGCACAUUAUGUGUAUAGCAUUAGUUUUGUGAGGUACUUUAGUGUUACUAAAAAAAAAAAAAAAUAGAUUUGGGAGAUUUUAGCAGGAUCUUUCACAUUGUGAAUACUUGCCAUUGAGCCACUCUUUGUGUGUUUGUGUGGAUUAAUAUUGAGAAAAGCAGUUUACAUGUAAAAGUCACCAGAAUUUCCCAUAGGUGAUGUAUGAGGUAUAUGUUAUUUUCAUGGAUACCAUGAUGCUUCCUUUAUGCAUUUGUCAUCCAAGACCACAUUUAGGGUCAGGUAAUGUUUGAAGCUUUUAUCUAGCAGUAGUAUGUCAUACAAAUGACACCAGUCUCCCAUUAGAUAGCAAUGAGGAAAAUUUGUAUAUUGUGUAGAAAUAAUUUGUAAAAGAACUCUUAUUUUCUGUGUAUAGUGUUCCUAGUUUAUAAAUUAUUGAUAUUUAACGAUCAUUUUCUGGACUUGUGAUUAGUGAGUACAGUACCCCUGCUAUCAUCAUUCACCAGAGCAAUUAGAGGGACCAGUGGCUCUACAGCUCACUGUUUGGGAGUACAAGAAGUCUUCCCGAAGAAACCCAGUGAAUGGAAUCUUACCUUUACUACUCAAUAGCUCAAAAAAUUGCCUAAACAUGGAAAUAAAGAAGUGAUUGUUUUUUUUGCUCUAGAGAAUUAUCACUAGAGAGGCUGUCCAAACGUUGCAUUGUUUUCUGCCACUGGUCAAAGAGGUAAUGCUAGGGACCACUAGUAGGACUAGCCCAGUACUAGCAGGAGGUACUUGGAAGAUCUGUAUUAUGGCUUUUAUUUCUACUUUUUUUCUGUCCUGAGUAUCUUUUGAAAGAUAUUGAUAGUAUUGAUUGUUCCUGAAUUUCCUUCCUUUGAAUUUUGAACUCUCAGUAUACAUAUUUAUGAAGGAAUCAUUUUAUCAAUGUACCAUAUAUGGAUUUCGAGUUCAGUUUCCUUGUUAAAAUUGACUUUUGGGUAUUUCAUAUUCCUACAUUGGGCUUGAUAUUGAUAAUUUGUACAUUUGUCAGAUACUUCAAUGUUAUUUCCCUAGCAGAACUGAGCUAAGUGUGGGUGGCUAGCAGGAAGGCUUGGCCAAAUAGCCUAAAGAAAAAAAAAUAAAAAAAAUAAAAAAAUACUGAGUUUAUUAUAUUUGUCUGUUUCAAUCUCGUGGAAUGUAUUUUGUUAUUAUAGCAUAAUAUAACGAGAGCUAGAAGUCACUGAGGUGGCUGUUCCUGCACCCUGGUAAAACACAGCCAAUGUGUUAUGAUUUCAAGGUUGAUUUGUUGCCAGAGCCCCUGAGUCACGUUCCCGUCAGUGAGGACCGACUCGAGUACCACUUUCAUAUCCAACAUGGUUGCUACGUCUUCACACAUCCCAUGUUUUCUAGAUAUUAAUAACUUAGAGAAAAUAAACUGUCAUAGUAUA